GCACCUCAACUGCGAGCACUGUCUGUACUAUCCUUGCAGAUUCUACCAUGAUUUGGUGUUGUUGGAUGGUCUGGGGACGGCGCUGGUUAACUACGCUUCUUCCUGUUCUCUGUCUAGUGUCUGCUAUCGAUGGAGCCGUCAACGACCUACUCAAUCCAGUGCUUUAUGCAUCCUUCUCACUAGCUACGACACUCUGGUGCACAUUGCUCAUCAUAUACCAUGUCUGGACUGUGGGACGAGCAAGAGAACGAGGACUCGGAGCCUACUGGCACGUCGUUGAAGUCCUAAUCAAGUCAUCAGCUCUCUAUUCCACGUCUUUAAUCCUAUUCAUCGCCUUCUUUGCCCACAAUGACUGGGCAGCAAAUUACCUUGAUCCCAUAACAGGAAUCGCAAGAGGUGUCGCUCCAACUCUCCUUGUUGGGUGUGUUGCAGCAGGACAUGCUCGUUCUGACGACUCGUGGCAGGGCAGCAUAGUUACGUCGCUCUGUUUUGGGCAUGGUCAGGCUCGGGCGAGUGCUCAAGAAGAUACUCUGAUAAGUAUAAGCCUCUACAGUGGUGACCUGGAGGAUCAGCUGGACGGGGAAAGUAACAACAAAUAUGGAUCUCAGGAGGAUGGCAUGGAAAUGGUCACUCCGGAUGACAAAGAGGCUGGAGGAAGUAUAUAAUAGUCUGAACAUGUCGCCCUUCAUACAGGACAUUGAUGACCUCGGUCAACGUCAUCAUUUAUUUCAGCCUUGAGUCUGAGUUUCUCAUUUGGAGGAGUUACCAUAGGAAUCGGUCUACGGUGCUCAUUUCUCUGCCCUUUGACGCUGUAUGUAGCUACUCGUAGGUAC